GGCCCAUUCCUCGAAGGAAGUGGAAGCAGACAAACGGACGAGAUGCCUGGGUGUUCCUCCUAAUGUUGCUUCGAAUCAUGCUAUUGACAUGAUUCGCCCAACGCCUUUUGCGCCCCAAUCUAGCGCUUAAAACCACCUGAUGACGAGGGGUAUGCAAUAUGGCAGCCUAGGAGAGAAAAUAAUCUUUAACGAGGAAAUACUCCGCAUGUUACCCGAUGCGCAAAAACAACAAAUCUCAACCAUAGACCGCGGCCAUUUGACGAUUCUUGCCGAAGGCAUUCGCCAGGGACGUUGGGGACAGAAACAACUCUGCAAAGGUGCAAAGCCCAGGAUAUCAAGAUGGUUUGCUCUUGCUGCCGCAAAGUCCUCGAGCUCAAGAAAGACUACACGUUGAUCAGUAACGAGCGGGACGGGGAAGGUACCCUCAUACCACAUCAUCGCGAUGGCGAAAGCCUGACGGCCUCGGUGGACGCCGGGUGUUACAUUUGCAAUCGACUGUGGGCCGCCCUGGAUAUCGAAGAGCGAUGCAAGGUUCGGCGGUCAGUCGGUGAGCUGGCGAAAUGGGGUGGUCCAGCGACUAAGUCACCUCUCACGUCGGUGUUUUGGGACGGCGGAGCAGCAUUUGCUUAUCCCCGCGCCUUCUUGCUACACCUCGCUUUUGACCGAGGGAAAAUUUUGGAUCUAGGGAGAAAUCAAAGGAAAGGAUUCUUCAGCCUAACAGUUUUGCUUCUUCCACAAGAAUCCUACGCGCCUCAAUACCAAAUCAAGUCGUACUCCCGUAGUACGAGAUCCGAAGAAACCUUCCGUGUCGCACAGAAAUGGAUUACGGAAUGUCUAGCCGAACAUCCACAUUGCGGUGCCAAACCACAUGCAUCUACCACUGCUCAGUGGUACCCCAGUCGCCUCCUGGACACAGGACCUCUCGACCAGGAGAGCUCCAUUUGUCGACUCGUCCUACCGAACGUCACCCCUAUCCAAGGCUCUUACGCAACUCUCAGCCAUUGUUGGGGUAUGAAGGAGUCUUUCAACCUGACAACGAGCAACUACGCACAACUACAGCAGGAAAUCCCAUUCGAAACCCUCCCUCCCUUGUAUCGUGACGCCGUUGAAACCAGUCGCCGCCUUCAUAUUCGAUACCUGUGGAUUGACUCACUGUGUAUUAUCCAGCACGGGGAUAACUUCACUGAUUGGAAACAAGAAUCAACGCAUAUGGACAAGAUCUACUCGGGAUCCUUCGUCAACAUAUCAGCGGCCGAUGCCCCUGAUGCGAAUCACCCCCUCUUUCACGACCGCAAUCCGGAUGCUCUGUAUUCGCAGACUAUAGAGCUUCCUGUCAGUUCCCUCACUACUCGUUUCAUCUUAAUGGACUAUAACUUCUGGAGAACAGAAGUUUCCAGCGCAGUCAUCAAUACAAGAGCCUGGGUGCUUCAAGAGAGACUCCUCUCUCCGAGAGUAUUGUACUUUGGUCAACGACAAAUUCUAUGGGAGUGCCAGCAAAAGGAAGACGCUGAGAUCUAUCCCGAAGGCUUGCUAAUAGAUCUAUCACGAUUCCCCAGUCCUUUCAAGGGCUUUGGCCACAACCAAAUCGGCUGGAAGCCUCGAGACCACGGCGAUCUCUCAAAGUACCAAUACUGGUGCAACAUUGUGAAUGCUUACACCAGGGCUAAGUUGACAUUCCCCGUCGACAAGUUGAUUGCACUUUCAGCUGUCGCGAAGACUGUGAGAGAGUUACUCCAGGAUAGCUAUGUUGCAGGGAUGUGGCGCCGCUACCUAGAGCGAGAACUGAUGUGGUCCGUCGCUGUCGGCGAGGCGCAAGCUAGGCCAUCAGUCUACCGGGCUCCAAGUUGGUCAUGGGCGGCAGUGGAUGGACACAUUACUCCGGGUAUCAUGGAUCUCGAAGCAGUGGAGAUAUUGAUCGAGGUACAGGAUCUGCAUCUCGACUAUAUUACAAGCGAUACGACAGGCCUGAUCAGCGGUGGAUGGCUACAGCUCUGGGGAAGCCUCAAGAAGCUUGAGCUUCUGCCCGAUGCUUUUUUCAGCAGUCAUAGCAACGACUUCGAGUUUCUUAUGAUGGUUGUGAAUGGUGUUCCAGUCAGUGUCCGCGCCGAUUCGGUCAUGAAAGAAUAUCAACCACAUGUCUAUCUCGAUGACAAUCAACAGUGGGAAAGCACACAGAACCAUCAACAGGAACUAUUCUGUAUGCCAGCUAGAACAAGACCAGGUAAUGAUGGAAGCAUCUACGUGCUAUUGUUGCAGCUUGAAGACGGGAAAAACGGCACCUUUCGUCGCAUCGGGAUCGCUCGCGGUUGGGGCAAGGAGGUGAGGGAGAGUUUGCUAGCAUGCAAUGCAGAAGAGAGUACAUUGCCAUGCGUAAGGUAUGAAGGAGGCCGACACCUAGUGCGGAUCGUUUAGUUGGGCAGGGCCUCCAAGGCAACUAGACGAUAUGAACAGGAUGAGGCAGCAAGAGCCCACCCGGCACGACAUGGAGGGCUUCAUGGGCUUCUGCAGAUAGAAAAUGAAGAAGAGAAGUAGAUCACCGCACUGAGCGAUAAAUCAUUGGACAGUGCGCGUGUCACUCUGACUUCCAGUAGGUGACUAAACAGAACGUUGGUGUACGUUUUCCAAAGGUGGCUUUAAUUGCCUGAAGUCGAGAGUUACUGUAGCAAUUUGUUGUAAGACGCUUUAUUGUUAACUUCGUGUAUAGCUGAGAUAUAUACGACGGGUGUCUACCCACUAAGGUAUUGUCGAACUACUCGACCUGAGUGCUUACCCAGCAAAGUCUGCUCAAAUUCACAGACUGUGAAAGAAGAGAUCGCACUAAGGUAGCACGCACAACAGAAUGCAUGGGCGUUUCUCAAGUCGAUUGACGAAAAUAAGGCACUUAUUUAGAGUUGA